AUGGCAGACGAAUCUGACGAUGAUCUCUACGGAGACGAGACUACCACGCAACAAAACAAGGAUGCGAAGAAAGAGGAGGACGUCUCUAGUGGUGACGAGCCAAUGGACGAAGAAUCGAACGAUGAAGAGGACGACAGCGACUCGGAUAUUGACAUCAUUAUCGAGAAGGCACCAGCACCCCCCAAACCUGCAGCCGCGCAAGCACCCCAAGAAUCCAAAGCCAUCAAGAUAGAAGCACCACCUGCCUUGUCCACCACCCCCUCGCAACAGGCGCCUCCAAAAACUGUUUCCACUACCGGCGGCACUGUGCCCCAACUCUCCGCCUCAGCCCUCUCAGGCACUGCCUUCCCUGCGCAACGCACCUCUACUAUCGACGUGAACGGGAACCCUGUCUACCCUCCCCAAGGCAAAGAGAUUCUUAGUGUAGACAUCGAUGCUGAUCUGGCUGAGGAGCAAAAGAUCUGGCGCCGACCAGGCGAAGACCAGUCGGAUUACUUCAACUAUGGUUUCGACGAGUUUACCUGGGAAUUGUAUCGACAAAGGCAAGUCAGUAUGGCGAACACGUUGCAAGGACAGAAGAACGACAUGGCACAGAUGCAGGCUAUGAUGGGCGGUGGGCCGAUGCCGGGUAUGCCUGGUAUGAGCGCUGGUCCACAGGGCAGCGGCGGACCAGGCAGUGCACCGCCAACAGGUCCUGGAGGAGGAGGAGGUGGUGGUGGUGGCGGUGGUGGCAUGGGACCUGGAGGUAUGAAUGAACAGCAAAUGCAGAUGAUGAUGCAGGAUAUGAUGGCACAGGGUAUGGACCCCAGCCAAAUGGACUUUGCAUCAUUCAUGCAGAUGGCAGGCCAGGGUAUGGGUGGCUUCGGCGGUGGACCCGGAGGGCAACAAGGCGGGGGCUUCCAGCAAGGUCAUCAAGGUGGUGGUGGCAGAGGUGGACGCGGUGGUAGAGGAAGGGGGUGGUAG